CAAGUAGGAGGAAGAACCCCGAGGCAGAGUAGAGGCGGAGCCUGCCACGUACCACGACAAUAUCGAAAUUGAGCACAAACAAGACUUCAUGACAUGAGUGGAGACAGGAGUGGUAAACCGCAAAGAGAGAGUGGAAGAAGACAGAGGAAAGCGGCUGUGGAAAAAUGGAAAGACGUAAGCUUCUUAAAUGAGAAUAUUUUCCGUAUUCUUUGAUCCUAAUCCGCGUCCCCUCAACUAAAAGUGAGUGCAGAGGUCAGAAUCCGCGUCAGAGAAACAGCCUACAUGCUGCUCCAUGUUCAAACGCGCCAAUCUGGAUCCUCCUGCUGUCCCUGGAUCCCUGCUCUACCUUUCUUUAUUUUUUGAACAAGUCGUCCUGCAGAAUCUGUUGAUGUGCAUGGUGUGUUUCUACUCUCUCUACUACAUUGCGGUCAGUCUUUGCAUCGGACUGUUCAGUGUUCAUGAGAUCAACAGCUUGUUGGCACCAUUCGACUACACAACGCAACCGUCAUGGCAGAACCCGAAGUACCUGGUUGGUGUCAUUUCCACAGAAGUGACCUACGUUUUAGGAGGGCUGAUCUUUGCCUGGAUUGUAGAGGAGUGGGUCUGGGAUUACGCCAUAACUGUGACACUGCUACAUGUUGCGAUGACCGUGGCAGUGAUGUCAGACUUCCCUUCAGCUGAACACUGGUGGAUAGCUCUUGGAUCAGGCCUGGUGAUGAUGAUAUUCGGGGGACAGCUCCUGGCCUACAAACUCUUCAGAACCAACUUUGUGUGUCCAGCUGACCUGCAGAACUUCUGAUGAACACAAUGAGGAAAUCUUUUAACUGGCUUACUGGUUAAUCUCAGGCCUGCAUGCAUCCCAGUGGGUACACUUUAAAGAGUGUACAGCUAGUUUCAUGUUAAUGCUGGUGUGUGUUUGUCUCCCAACACUCUUGGUAACUUUUUUCAUUCUCUUAUUAUCAGAUCCCUCUUUGUGUAUACAGCAUAUAUUGUCAAUUUAUCAGUAUUUUUGUAACAUAUUCUGUACAGUUUCAAUAUUUUUGUACAUUUUUCUUCACAAAUGUCAUACUGUAAACAAUAUAGGAAAAUAUUUGCGAGUUGUAAUAUAUUGUACAAUGUUACAUGGCCGGUUUGUAGAGUAUACUAAUCUGAUACCCGUCAAAAUACCCGUCUGUCAGGUCUGUUCUCCAUCUACAUGUGCUCAGACAACUAUUUCAACCCUUUGAUGUGUUAAUACUGCCCACUGUAUCUAUUAUGUAAAAUGUGUUUACAAUGGAUCCUGCAGAUCCUGCAGAUUAAGUUAUUGAUAAUGAUUGCAGUCGUACAAAUAAAGUGAAUACAGAUCUACA